GGAAUGUCAAUUUCGUACUUCCGGUUGAGAUAAUCCCAGAUUCUAUUUCUGAUUAAAACCUGUUGAAUUUCUUGUUUUGAAGCUUGUACAAGGCAACAGCGAAUGGGUCUUUCAGGAAUCUGUACCUAAAGCCAGCCAAAAUGUAUGACAUGCCAGUUAGCCUGCAGGAUUGCUGCAUUGACUUCAUCAGUGACCACCUGCAGGAUUUGUGCUAUGCAUCAGCAACUGAAAAUCAAACAAUCAAAAAGCUUUCCUUCAAAGAUCCAGAUAUCUUCUUCCAUGGAGAGCUCUCUGAGCAACUCUUGCAGACGCUUUGCGAAAAGGGAAAACUCACUGAUGAGACACUCAGUCUAUUUGAUCCCAAUGUAACAAACUUGAAAAGGGUAUCCAUAAGAGAUGCACAGCUGUCAGCAAAAGGAUUGAGGAUUUUAAAAAUGCAUAAAAUUUCAGAACUGGAAAUUAUUGGACUACGUACUGCCACUGUGAACGACGUGAUAGGAUGCCUCGGAGAAUGGACCCUGUCCAAUCUGAGAUCUUUAAACGUGAAUAACAGCACAUUUGUAAACAGUACGAAAUUCUGUGUGGUGGUGUCUCUAUCAAAACUUCAUAAUCUCCAGAGUCUGAACGUCAGCAACACAGAGUUCAAUAAACAUGGCCUUGAGAUCAUUGUGGAGGAUCUUCCCUGUCUGGUGAAUCUGGACAUCUCCAGUACUCAGAUACUAGACAUAUCUCCUCUAAAGAAGUGCAAGGACCGCCUCAAAUCCCUGUCAAUGUACAAUCUAGUGGCCUCUAACCAGGAUGAUGUGGUUCCUGUCUUGUGUGAACUGACUAAGUUGGUACAUUUGGAUGUUUCAGAGGAUUCCUCCAUGCAGCCUUUUGUCAAUGUCAACUCUGGCAAGUUUGCCAUUAUUAACCUCCUUCUACGACCUCGAUGCCUUCCAAAUCUUACUUCCUUGGAUAUAUCAGGCAAAGAUGGUGCCAAUGAAGAUGUUCUCAGGGAAUAUGUAAAUUGCCACAGUAAGCUGAACUUCCUAGGACUGGCUUUGACAGAGUACUGUGAAUAUUCAAUGUUCACCAAUGACCAGAGUCCAGACUUCAAGGGAACUAUAACAGUUACUGGAGAAGCGGAUGAGAGACAGAUCAUGGAGGCUCUGAGACGUUAUGUUAGUCGCUGUGUGUAUGUCCAGAAGUCACUCUACACAUUGUUCCGUCUGACACAGGUCAUGCUAAAACCCCGAGAGGAUAUUAUUAAGUUGGUACUGCCAGCCAUGAAAAGCCACCCCAAACAGCUGGGGGUACAGAUGGCAGCCACAGCCUGUCUGUACAACCUGUCUAAGGGGGAGGUGGGGGCCAAGGUCCACCCAGCAUGCCUGACCCAGAUAGUCAAUCUGACUUUGUUAGCCAUGGAGAACUUCCCCAACCAUCAACAGUUACAGAAGAAUGCACUGUUGACGUUAUGUAGUGACAGGAUUUUAAAUGAUGUCACAUUUGACCGAUUCCGCUGUGCCAAGCUUGUGAUGGAAUGUCUUUGUCAGUUUCAUGACCCCUCAAUGAACAGAAUGUCUGUGGCAAUCUGCUCCAUAUUGGCUGCAAAGAUAUCGACAGACCAGACAUCUCAACUUGGGGCUAAGCCUCGUUACAUGAGGAAGAUGUUACAACUUGUAAAAUCUAAAGUUGAGUCUAAUGCCAUAGACAUCACGCUUAAAUUUACACUCAGUGCCCUCUGGAAUUUGACUGAUGAAUCCCCAGCAACUUGCCAUGUGUUUCUACAUGAGGGUGGUCUAGAUUUAUUCAUGACAAUACUACAGACUGUGUCCACAAUGGAGGAAGAUGUGAGAACACAAGUUGAAACAAAGAUACUGGGACUUCUGAACAACAUAGCAGAAGUGCCUAAGUUACGGGACUACUUGAUGAGGGAUGACUUCCUGAUGCUGAGUAAACAGUUACUGAGGGCCUCACAGAUUGAUGUCAGUUAUUUCGCUGCCGGAAUCAUAUCACAUCUGGCAAGCGAAAGCAUUCAAAAAUGGCUGGUAGUAUCUACCAAAGAGGAAAUUCUGAAAGAAUUGAGGGAGGUAGUCUUGGAGUGGGAACAACCUGAUGGUGAAAUGGUGGCUUACAGGUCUUUUAAUCCAUUCAUUCCCCUACUGAGGUGUUAUGACUGCCCAGCUGUACAGUUAUGGGCUGCCUGGGCAAUUCAACAUGUCUGUACUAAAAACAGCAGCAGAUAUUGUCCCAUGCUUGAAAAAGAGGGAGGUUCAGAGAUACUCAUGGAACUUAUUAACAAUCCAGAAACUGACCACAAUGUGUCCAGUAUAGCACAGAAAAUCUUAGCUUUUGGAAAAGGUCCAUCUGUUCAGAAGGUACCUCGUGAUGAUCAGAUGUCAGACCCAGUGCCCUGCCCAGCGGCAGAAAACUAAAACAUUGACAGAAUUUGUAUGGGUUGUUUUUUUUUUUGUUGUUGAGGGAUUGUGGUGCUAAAGCUUUAUCUUUGAUUUUGUGCGAAGAGAUGUUGGGGCAUUUCUUAUAUGUCUUACCAUAAAAUCCCUAUUAACUGCCCCUGCCCCUAUAAGCACCCCCUAGGCCUUUCUCAAAGGUUGGGAAAUAAGGGCUUCCUGUACUGUGAUUUAAAAUAUCCAGAAUCGUAUCAAAGGUCUGCCAUAAAUUGAAGGAAAUGAAAAUGGAACUUGGUUGUUCGGUAAAUUGUACAAAGUCUUCAUGGAAGAUUCUUAGAAGGACCUAAUCAUGUAUUUCUAGAAGUGAAAGUUUCUUACAAUUUGUUUUCCUUGUGUAUUCUCCAAUUUUUGGGGUGGAUAAAUAAAUCAUAGAGCAUAAUAUAGAUGGAUAAUUUAAUGAUAAAGGAAAGAUAAACAAAUACUUAGUGGUUUCCUAAAUUUGAUUUUUUGUUUCAAAAGCUUUCUUGUUAAAAUCUGACAUUAAAUAUUAUAAGGAGAAUACCGAAAUAACCAUCCCCUUUUUGCAGUUUUCUAACUGGGGCAGCUAUUAAUAGGGAUUUUAUGGUCAUAAAAAUGCAGGAAAACUGCUAAAAAAAAAUAAUAAUACAUGGUGAUCUUUUACACCUUUCUCAAUGUAUUAUUUUCAAAUAUGUUUCAAAACACACUCUGAAUUUUAACAUUAUUUAUUAACUCAGUCUCCAUUGCUCGGACAAGUAAGAUUCCACUCAUAGAAAAGAUUUUCCUUGUUACUCUCGUCCCUGUUGUUAUUGGUUGUCAUUUGUUAACGAGUAUUAACAAUUAUCAUUUAACAUUGUUUUUUGCAUAAAGCAAACCCAUUUAUUUUAUUGUGCAACUGUUUGUGUAUUUGGUAGUGCUGUAAUGCUUCCAUGAAAUUGUUGAAUUUUUUUUCUCCCAUUGAUGAAAGUGCUUCAAUUCUGUUCAAAAAAAUUUAUUUAUACUCUUCUAUUUUAAAAUCAAAAAGCAAUAAAUUAAUCUGUAUGAUCAUACAUGUACAUUUAUUUUAUUUACGGUAAAUGCUCUGAAAUUUAUUACUGUGAAUAUUGUGAUAAAAUAUGGAAGUUUCAUUUUGUUUUGAAUAACUGAAUGUGCUUUUCACUCUCAGAGUAUAUUGUUUAUUAUGUGUAUUUGUUACAUGUAUGAAUUGUUUUGCAACAAUUUAUAUGUUGCCACCCAUAAUGACUUAAGUGACAGUUGUUUAUUCCCCCUUAUUUCUCAGUAUUACCUAAACUUACAUUUAUUGCAGAAAGUUAAGUAUCUGUCAGUACAUGUAUCAGCAAAGCUUAAUCCUUCACUCGAUGUCAAUAUUGUUGAAUCUCCAAAUAAUGUAAUGGUCAGUGCUUUAUAUACAUAUAUACAUGUGGUAUAUACAUGUAUAUAUGCUCAUAGUAAGGCAUCGAUUAAUCUGUCUUUAACAUUAUUAAAAUUAUUGUAAAACACUCUUCCUAAUUAAAAGCAUAAACAUGUAGAUUUAUUUUACUGAUAUGCUGAUCAGUGGAUACAUUGUAUCCAAUACGAUUUGUAAGAUGCCGUCAUGUUACCACUAGCUGUAAUUUUGAGCCACUUUUUUUUCAAAUUUAUCAGAUUCUGGUGGUUUGAGACAAUCUAGACUGGAAUUCAGUUUAUUGGUUGUUAUUUCUGUGUGUUGAAAGUCUUGCUGUUUUUCCUUUGUUUUUGAAAUGUUGUUAAAAUGUACACUAUAUUCAUCAUCAUUUAAUAAAAUCUUUGGAAAACAAA